UCCGCAGCUUUGAUGCGAGCGAGCCGAGCGGCCUUGGACUCAGUUGGAGAGGAAAAGGACUGUGGCGAGAAGCUAGUAGAGAAGCAAUAAAUAACGAAAUACCGAGCUAUUCUUUUUGUUUUGUAAAAUAACACAAGAGGGGCGACAUGGCAUCGGGAGGAGAAUCCAAAAAUGAUGAUCUUUCCACUGCAAUUUUAAAACAGAAGAACAGACCAAACAGGCUGAUCGUUGAUGAAUCCAUCAAUGAGGAUAACAGUGUGGUUUCGCUUUCUCAGGCGAAAAUGGAUGAGCUGCAGCUCUUCAGAGGUGACACAGUACUGCUGAAGGGGAAGAAGAGGAGGGAAACAGUGUGUAUAGUGCUCUCUGAUGACACCUGCUCUGAUGAAAAAGUGCGCAUGAACAGGGUUGUGCGCAACAAUCUGCGAGUGAGGCUGGGAGACGUCAUCAGUAUCCAGCCAUGCCCAGACGUGAAGUAUGGCAAACGUAUUCAUGUUCUUCCCAUCGAUGACACAGUGGAAGGGAUCACAGGAAAUCUGUUUGAGGUUUAUCUCAAGCCAUACUUCUUGGAGGCAUACCGGCCCAUCAGGAAAGGAGAUAUUUUCCUGGUAAGAGGUGGAAUGCGAGCUGUGGAAUUCAAAGUGGUGGAGACAGACCCCAGCCCUUACUGUAUAGUGGCUCCUGACACAGUGAUUCACUGUGAAGGAGAGCCUAUUAAACGGGAGGAUGAGGAAGAAUCUCUGAAUGAAGUUGGUUAUGAUGACAUUGGUGGAGUGAGGAAACAGCUGGCCCAAAUCAAGGAGAUGGUGGAACUCCCUCUCAGGCACCCUGCACUCUUCAAGGCUAUUGGUGUGAAGCCUCCACGUGGCAUCUUGCUCUAUGGACCCCCUGGAACUGGCAAGACACUGAUUGCUCGAGCUGUGGCAAAUGAAACAGGAGCUUUCUUCUUCCUCAUUAAUGGACCAGAAAUUAUGAGUAAACUUGCUGGAGAGUCAGAGAGCAAUCUGCGAAAAGCAUUUGAAGAAGCUGAGAAGAAUGCCCCUGCCAUUAUCUUCAUUGAUGAGCUUGAUGCUAUUGCUCCAAAAAGAGAGAAGACCCACGGUGAAGUUGAGAGGCGCAUUGUCUCUCAGUUGCUGACUCUCAUGGAUGGUCUGAAGCAGAGAGCACAUGUUAUUGUCAUGGCUGCUACCAACAGACCAAACAGCAUUGACCCAGCUCUCAGGCGAUUUGGACGCUUUGACAGAGAGGUGGACAUUGGAAUUCCUGAUGCCACAGGCCGACUGGAGAUCCUUCAGAUUCACACUAAGAACAUGAAACUGGCUGAUGAUGUUGAUCUUGAACAGGUUGCCAAUGAGACCCAUGGCCAUGUUGGUGCUGAUUUGGCUGCUCUUUGCUCAGAAGCUGCUCUUCAGGCUAUCAGAAAGAAAAUGGACCUCAUUGAUCUUGAGGAUGAGACCAUUGAUGCAGAGGUCAUGAACUCUCUGGCUGUCACCAUGGAUGACUUCAGGUGGGCUCUGAGUCAAAGUAAUCCUUCAGCCCUGCGAGAGACAGUGGUGGAAGUUCCCAAUAUCACCUGGGAAGACAUUGGUGGUCUGGAAGAUGUCAAGAGAGAACUGCAGGAACUUGUACAGUAUCCUGUGGAACAUCCAGACAAGUUCUUGAAGUUUGGUAUGACUCCGUCCAAAGGGGUGCUGUUCUAUGGGCCACCUGGAUGUGGUAAAACUCUUUUGGCAAAGGCCAUUGCCAAUGAGUGUCAGGCAAACUUCAUCUCCAUCAAAGGACCAGAGCUGCUGACUAUGUGGUUUGGGGAGUCUGAGGCUAAUGUUCGUGAGAUCUUCGACAAGGCCCGUCAGGCUGCUCCCUGUGUGUUGUUCUUUGAUGAGCUGGAUUCCAUUGCGAAGGCUCGUGGUGGCAACAUUGGAGAUGGUGGUGGUGCAGCUGACAGAGUUAUCAACCAGAUCCUGACCGAGAUGGAUGGCAUGUCCAGCAAGAAGAAUGUUUUUAUUAUUGGGGCCACAAACAGACCAGAUAUCAUUGACCCAGCCAUUCUGCGACCUGGGCGACUGGACCAGCUCAUCUACAUCCCUCUCCCUGAUGAGAAAUCUCGUAUUGCUAUCCUCAAGGCUAACCUCAGAAAGUCUCCCAUUUCCAAGGAUGUGGACUUGGAUUUCCUGGCUAAGAUGACCAAUGGCUUCUCCGGUGCUGACUUGACAGAAAUCUGCCAACGAGCUUGCAAGCUAGCCAUCAGAGAGUCAAUUGAAAAUGAGAUCAGGCGGGAACGUGAGAGACAGACCAAUCCCUCAGCUAUGGAGGUGGAAGAAGAUGACCCUGUUCCAGAGAUUCGUAAAGACCACUUUGAGGAGGCCAUGCGCUUUGCUCGCCGCUCAGUCAGUGAUAAUGACAUUCGUAAAUACGAAAUGUUUGCACAGACCCUGCAACAGAGCCGAGGCUUUGGCAGCUUCAGAUUCCCUUCAAGUAACCAGGGUGGCGCUGGCCCAAGCCAGGGCUCUGCUGGUGGCAGCGGUGGAAACGUCUACAACGAGGACAAUGAUGAUGAUCUUUAUGGCUAAACUUGACCACACGGCGGACCAAAAUCUAUCCAUCCCGGCCACGUUGUACAAAAACUUCAAAUCUAAAUAAUACCACAUUUCUAGGACUCUAUGCUUCUUAAUGUGUUCAUUUUUAAAAAGAUCCUUUGUUCUUCUCUUCCCCACAACAGUCAGAGAAAGCAUGUAGCUGCUUGUAUCUAUGCUCUGGUACAUGAAAGGAUUACUCCAGGGCCAAGAGGUCUUUAUCAAUGUUUGGGGGAGCAUUUGAGCGAAUACAUACACAGUAGAGUGGCUUUAUUCUCAGAACUUUUUAAUUCACAACUUUACAUUGUGAGCCUCUUUAGUGAUGGGUACAAUGCUAGUCUGUAAGGAAAAAUCAAAUGGAAAAAUUAAUUGCUAUUGACUUUUCAUUUUUUAUGAACGUAGCAUAUAAUGUAUUACGAGUUUGAAAAAAUGUUGUUAAAAAUAAAAUCUUAAGAAGUGAAACAAUUA